UUCCAGGGGCGAACAUCGAUCUGAAAUCGCUGCCAGAUCUCGAUUGGGAAAGAGAGCAAGCCGACUUCAUAAAUAGAAAUACUCUUCCCAAUAUCUCGUCAAGUCUUUUCCAAUAUCCUGAGAACAAUUUCGAUGACGAUAAAACUAUCGCUGAAUACGAAAAAGGAUAUAGAUACGGAACGAACAAGGAAAAACUGGAUGAGGCGUUGGAAAAUGCCGUGUUGAAAUCGGAAAUCUACGAACCGACUUCAAUCAACCAGUACAGAUACUUUGGAGCAGAAGCAGCCAAAAAGAGGAAGAGACGAGACGCGAAGAAAUUAAGGCUGGAAUCCCGAAUGAAGCGAGAAGUAGACCUGAGCCCCGAAGAAAUCCUGACCCUGCUUUCUCUUUACGAGAACAAUCACCCACGACAGCAGCCUUCAACCGAGAACUACCGAUAUCCGUGGAACAGAUUCGAGCCAAAUCUCGACCUGGACAUCAACCAAGACGAUUCGCAGGAUCAGGACGGAGAAAACUGGCUGGACAAUCCUGUUUAUCCCCACGCAACGGCGUUUGAAAAAGAUCUUGGACCUAAAUACAUGUACGAGCCAAGUGGGCCUCAAGUGUUUGAAAACAAGGAAAAGUGGAGGGGGUUUGGCGGAGACAGCAGGAAUAAGAGGUUCAUGGUUGCGAAGAAGAGAAACGUAGAUCCAACUCACGAAUUGAGAUACAUUAAUGGUCCGAACAAAAACGAUUUUUAUACCCUUUCUCAGCUGCUGAGUAACCAGCGAGAACCUAAUCUUCCAGUAUACCAUCGGUUAAUUUUGUAAAAAAAAAUACUGUCAUAUCAAUAUACACGACCCAUUUGGUGCCCCUUUCCAUCCUAAAUAUAAUAUUGUUUCCAAAUCGAUUAUUCAUUCAAUUAUAGGUUACAAAUUGGUAUAUAUUUUCUGAGAUAAUAUAAUGGAAGUCAGUCGGUAUAAUAUAUGCAAUAUAUUCAAUAAAUGUACGUAUGUAUGUUGUAUUAAUAAAUUAUGCAAAAACCUCCAA